AACUGACAUCGCUGUGUGUAUGGGAACAGGUUGUUUGAAAACAAAGGUCGACUUCAUCGAUUCAUCCUUGCGUGGUCAGAAGCAUUCAUUCUCCGGAAAAAUGCUUUUAGAGAGAGGCGUUAUUUUUUAAUUUCUUCCUUUUACUUGUGCUAUAUAAUAUCAUUUCUACAGUAGUAGAACAAACUUUUCUAUUGAGAUUUUGCGAGGAGUUGACGAUCUGUUAUUAAACAAAUUUAAGACCCGGCAACUUAAAUUUUACUGAAAAAUGAGUCUGAAACAAAAUUUGAAGGAUUGCCUUCCAGAUUUUAAACCUGGACCUUUAGAUUAUUAUCGAAAAAAGUCAAAAUUUAAUUGGAAGGAUAUGAAAAUUUUGUUAGAAGGUGAAGAAUUAUUAAAUUUGCAGUUGAAAGUAUGGAACUCAUUAGAAAAGGAUCCAUUAUUUCAACGUUCUCCUUCUGAGGAACUAUCAUCUCAGCAGCACCGGCACUUAUGCUUUCAGAGAAUGAAGCGCCUCAUGGAAUAUGAAUUUUUCACUCAAGAGGAAUUCUUUGCCAAUCCUCUUUUGGCACAAGGUUUGCUGAUAUGCAUUGGCAUGUACGAUUGGUCUUUGUGUACAAAAAGAUCUGUGUCGUAUGAGUAUUUUGUGGGAGCUUUAAGAAGUUCAGGAGUUAAAAAACACUUAGAUCUGAUGUCAGAUUUGGAGCAAUUUCAGAUGAUUGGUUGUUUUGCUCUUACUGAGCUCAGUCAUGGUACUAACACUAGAAAAAUGAGGACAACUGCUACUUAUGAUCCUGCAACUCAGGAAUUUGUUGUGAAUACACCUGAUUUAGAAGCAACCAAAGUUUGGGUUGGAAGCCUUGGUCAGACUGCCACACAUGCUGUUCUUUAUGCUCAGCUCUAUACACCUGACAAAAAAUGCCAUGGAUUGCAUGCGUUUAUUGUGCCUAUUCGGGAUCCCAAGACAUUGCUUCCAUUUCCUGGAAUCACUGUUGGUGAUAUGGGACCUAAAAUAGGGCUAAAUGGUGUAGAUAAUGGGUUCAUUUCAUUUACAAAUUACAGAAUUCCUAGAGAAAGUUUGCUUAGCAGAACUGGUGAUGUUACGCCUGAUGGUCGCUAUGUAACUCCUUUUAAUGACCCAAACAAACGUUUUGGAGCAUCUAUGGGUACUUUGUCACUUGCAAGGGUAUUCAUUAUUAAUAUAGGUUUAUCAAACCUUCAAAAAUGUUUGCCAAUCUCUAUAAGAUACUCUGCUGUUAGGAGGCAGUUUGGUCCUGCUGGAAAGGAUGAAUGGCCUGUCUUGGAGUAUCAAUUACAGCAAUGGAGGUUGUUGCCAUAUUUAGCUGCUACAUAUGUUCUGCACCAUUUCUCAUCAUCUUUCAGUCGCGAUUUCAUUAAUUUUCAAAUGUCUGUUCUCUUUGGGGAGAAAACUCCUGAGCUAUCUGAAAAAGCAGCAGAGCUUCAUGCAUUGUGCAGUGCAGCAAAACCCAUUUCUGGGUGGCUAGCAAGAGAUGCUAUUCAGGAAUCACGGGAAGCAUGUGGAGGGCAUGGUUAUUUACAAGCCGCUGGAUUCGGUUCCUUAAGGAAUGACAAUGAUGCAAAUUGUACCUAUGAAGGUGAUAAUAAUGUUCUUCUGCAGCAAACAAGCAAUUAUCUAUUGGGAUUACUCAAAAGAAAACAACUUGAAAAUGGACUGCAGUUUGAGAUUCAAAGCGUCAACUUUCUUAAUCAUAUGGAUGAAAUCUUGAAGUACAAAUUUUCUGCCAGAAGUUUAGAGGAUUUAAUGAAACCAGAAGUAUUGUUGACUUCAUACAAGUGGCUGAUAUGUUAUUUAUUGAAAGAAUCAAGUGAAAAAUUGAAAAAAGAGCUACAUAGUAGAGAUCCAUUUACAUCUAGAAGUCGAAGUCAAGUGUACUACUGCCGAUCUCUUGCAUUAGCUUAUAUUGAGCAUGAGCUUCUUCAGCGUUUUGCUGAUUUUGUAGAUGAACAAUCUGAUCCAGGCAUUAAAGAAGUACUUUCACAACUUCUUUUGUUAUAUGGUUUGUGGAGCAUGGACAAACAUUUAUCUUCAUUCUAUGAAGGCAGCUAUUUCACAAGUCCAUUAACAAGUAAAUUGAUUAAAGAAGGUAUCCUACAGUUAUGUGAAGAUAUUAAAGAUCAGGCAGUUUCAUUGGCUGAUGCAAUAUCUCCUCCAGAUUUCAUACUUAACUCAGCUUUAGGACAUUCUGAUGGUCAGGUUUAUAAGAAUUUGUAUGAAUGUAUCUUGAAUACACCCGCUGCCUUAGACCGUCCUGCUUGGUGGAGAGAGUUCUUAGACAAGCCUAAUGUGUUGUCAAUAAAAGCAAAGUUGUGAUCAAAGUAUUAGAUAAACUUUUUAAAAAAGAGUAAUACUUUUUGAAGAGCUGGUCUGUAAAUCAAAAGUUUCAAAUUUUGUGCAUGAUAUGCUAUAUAUAUGUGUGCUUCACUGCAUUAUUAUAUGUAUUAUUUUAAAUAUUUUAUGACACACAAUUGGCUUAAAUUCAGUUAAUUGUAAAAUUAUAUUUUUUAAUGAUAUAUCUAUAUAUAAUCUCUUUUAGAAUGGAUAGUUCAAUUAAAUUAUUUAUUAUAUUUUAAAUGUAUUUAAACAAGUUUUAAAAGGUGUUAUAGUUAUUUUUUGAGAACAUUAAAGAUUUUUAAUCUGUCAAUAUAUUUAAAGGUAAUUUUAAAAAUUUAUAAAUGUUUCCUAUGUUUUUUUUAAAACAUUAUAUUUGAUAAUAAUUUCACUGAUUUAUUUGAAUAUUUUUACCCACAGUUGUAUAUGUUGGUAAAUUUUCUAACAAAGGUAUUGUAAAGGAAAUAGAAUUUUGACAUUCAGAUUGAAUGCAAUUCUUCAAAAAUUAAAAUAUUCAAUGGAUGAAUAUACAGUGUAAUAUUUUUGAAAUUAUUUAAGUGAAUUUGCCACUUAGUGGCUAUAACAUUCAUAAUCAAGUAUUACUUGAUAUUGAUAAUAAAUAUAGAACAAUUAUAUAAAUGUUUGUUAUUUUUUUAAAAGUAUUUUUGAUAAUUUAUUCACCUAUAUUAUGAUAUGU